GGCGUGGCGGUGCUGGUGAACUGCGCGCUGAUCGGGCUGUCGGGCCCCGUGCACCGCCUGCUGCCCGACGCCACGCCCGCGCAGACCGUGCUCGUCAUCGUCGCGCUCGAGCACGUAAUAUUAGUGGUAGUGUUGGCUUUGCGGCUCGCCAUACCCGAGAUACCGGCGUGGCUCGCCACCGAGAUGGCCAAAGUCGAGUUCCAAAGGCGGGAAGCGAUUAAGAACGCACACGCACCACUUAUGUCGGAAUGCCCGAGCCAGGACGACAUCCGGCCGUCGUCUCGCAACACUCCGCACACAAUAACACCCACCACGCCCAAACAGAACGACAAGCCGGAUAAGAAGAAGAUAUUUAUAGGAAAGAUACCCGAGAUACCGCCGUUUAGACCUAAAGCCGCGUCCAUAACAGAGCCGGCGGUGACGACGGGCUCGCUGCAGUUGUUGCAGGACGUUAGUCCCACCAAACCUAUACGGCGUAAAGAGGCGGCGCCGGGCGCAGCGCUGUCGCUGCUGGGCGUGCGCGGGCUGCGCGCGGAGCCGCUGCACCGCUCGGCGCACUGCCUGCCGCACCCCACGCACGCGGCGCACGCGCACGCGCACGCGCACCGGCCGCUGCUCAACCCCACGCUGCAGGAGUUGUCGGGUAGCGUGAGCGCGGGCGGUUCGGAGCCGGAUUUGAACGCGGUGCCGUCUUCGGCGCCGUCCAUCGACGUGAGCGCCACCUCCAGCGAGGACGACAAACCUAAGGACAAAAGUAGUCGGUCCCGCGCGAAGGCGGCGCUGGUGAAGCGCGUGCGCUCGGUGGCGGUGUUCUCGCUGGGGCUGCGGCGCGCGCGCGAGGCCGCGCAGGCGCACGCGGGGCCGCACACUCCACCAGCGCCGAUGUUAGGGGGCGAGUUAUCCCUCAUACCGAUAGAACAGUUGAUACAAGUCGAAGACGUCAAGCCUCGAACCACGUAGACGCGGUACUUUUUAAUAUAUCGUAUUGAACGCCUAGUGCCCUCGCAGAGUCGUGUCGACAAUUGACUUUAUGUACUAACACAUAAAGAUGAAAAUUAAAUACCAAUGUUUCUAAAAUGAAAAGUAAAAAUAACAUAAUUAGGUCGCGUGUUAAACGGUUUGCGAUUUGAGAAAAUCGAUAACAAAACCUUAUCAAUAUCGACGGAUUAAAAUAUUUAUUUCCGUUAUCAGAAAGUAAUUUUGACAAAACAUCGGAAUUAUAGUACAGUCACAGUCGACGCAAUACGCGAAUAAUCGAUAAGUGUUAUAAGUACAAUGAUUACCGACACUAUUAUCACAAUAGACAACGCCUAUACAAAACCAUAGAUAAUAGGAUAGGUUCUGUAAACAUUAGUUUUGUAUGUUAAUUCCGAAGUAUAUGUUAGUGGAUGUUUUUGUAUGUGUAAUUUGUUUAUGUAGUCGUGUUAUAGUGUUUUUUUUAUAUCCGCCUAUCGAAAGUAUGAAUUUAUAAGAGUAUAAUGUUAUCGUUGACAAUCUGGCUACGGUUUAUAAUUCGAUGACUUCUAAGUAAACUAUCGCAUCUAAAAAUAAUGAUUUUCACUUGUUAGGGUUUCGUUAUCUAAGUACUGUUAAAAUCAUAUAAAAAAGUAAAUAAAUGAAGAGUUUUUUACUAUACUCCCAAACUCAUUAAAACAAGUUGAUGAAUGGAAACAAAAUAAAAAGUGAAAAUCACA